UUCUUCGAUGUAGCUAAAAAUAUUUAAUUGUUGCUUUUAGAAUAUAAGUGUAAUAAAAUGAAUUCUAGUUUGAACAUGCACAGGUAAUUUUAAUUUACUGUUUCUGCGGAUAAAAAAUCGUUUCGCUCUAUUAAAAAUGUCUAGUAAUUCUCUUUUAUUCUCAAUCAAUAAUGAGGGUAAAGUAUACGCUCUCUCGACUAGUGGAUCUUGUUGGAGAGAAUUUAUGUAUCUUGGCAUAGAGUUUAAGACAUUGUCAGCUGUGCCGCAUUUUUUGUGGGCGGUUGGAGGUGAUCGUCAAAUUUACCUUCACGUCCACGGUCUUGAGAUACCAAUUCGUGUAAAAGAAGAGUCCUAUGAGAACGAGAGAUGGCUUCCAUUAGAAGGUUUUUCUGGACGACUACUACCAACAGACAGAUACCAUUUUUCGUCCCAGGAUGGUAGUAAAGAUAGGUCAAUAGAUUCCAUAAGACUUCCUUCUAUGGCGUGGCAAUGGGAAGGAGACUGGCAACUAGAAUUAACAUUGGAUGGUCAACCAUUAGAUCAUGAUGGAUGGAGUUAUGCAGUUGACUUUCCUGCACAAUUUGGUCCAGUAAAGCAGUGGAAGUCUUGUGUUAGAAGAAGAAAAUGGAUCCGAUAUCGAAAGUUUAGUGCAAUGAAUUCAUGGUGUGCUAUAGCUCCUCUCCAUAAAGAUCCAACACAAGAACCUUUUAUUGAUGUUAAUAUUGGUGGUAAUCAGAUUCCGUAUGCUUCACCGGGCACACUUGCAGUAUGGGCUAUCACAGCACAUGGACGUGUCAUGUACAGAACAGGUGUCAGUACAAGUUCUCCUGAGGGACAAAAAUGGAUCAAUGUGAGUAUUCCACCAAAUUGUGAUAUUAAGCAAAUUUCUGUAGGCCCUACAGGGCUUGUAUGGGCUUUAUUAUGGACAGGGAGGGCUAUUAUUAGAAAAGGAGUUACCAAAGAUUGUCCCACGGGGGAUGGAUGGCUUGAAGUCAAAUCUCCACCUGAAACAAAACUCUCUGUCCUCUCAGUUGGAGUUAAUGUUGUAUGGGCUGUGAGCACUGAUACUAGAGUAUGGUUUAGAAAAGGUAUUGAUGGGAAUUCAGCAGGAACUUCAGAAAUAGCUGCAAUGGGCACUGGAUGGUUGGAAAUGAAUGGGAAUAUGGUGCAUAUUUCUGUAGGCAUCAAUGACCAAGUUUUUGCUAUUGGAGAAUCCAACAAGAAUGUUUAUUGGAGAAGUGGAAUAACUCUGGCUGAGUUGACUGGUAAAAGAUGGAGGAUGGUGCAGGCUAAUAUGCAAUUAAGUCGUACAUCAAGCACAGCAAGUAUUAUAUCAUCUGCUUCAAAUCCCAAACAUCACAGUCUCAAUAUGUUAAAUGAAUCAAACACAAGUGAGUUAAAGUCAAACAUCCACUUGCAUAGUUCUUGGGAAGAAUCACAUUCUGCACCCAUUGAGAAUACCUUGCCUAUUAAAUCUGCAAGAGAAUCUAGAGCCAAGAAAAGUAGUAACAUUGAGACCAUUGACCUAAGUGGGAAAAGUUAUGAAACCACAUUAAAAAAUCCUCGUGCUUGGAGCCCUGUACGCAGUGUAGGCUCUGUUGUUGGUAUGGAAGCUCAACCAGACAGUGACAGCAGUGUAUUUGAUACUGACUCAGGAAUGUUCUUUGAUGAUGAAGUAAGUCAAACAGCUUGGGGAACCUGUGAUACAUCCUGGGCCUUUGUGGAAGCCGGAGGCUGUUCUGUAGACACAGUACAAGUGCCUCAUUGGUUCUCAGACUCACAAAAUGCUUUUAAUUCUGAUAUUACAGCUAAAUGGAGAUUUUCAAUAUUGGAGAGUUUAAAAAAUAGGAACAGUAUGGAUGUUGAUUUAUCUCGCUAUGGUUUAGCUAUUGAAGAGAAAGGUUGGACUAGAAGCAGUGAGGCUAGAUUAGUUACUGCUAUUAACUCCAGUGAGGACUGUAUAAUAUCUUUGUAUUGGCAUGCUACUGAAAAUACUGGCACCUUAUCUGUCUUCCAACCAGAUGGCACUAUCAAGUUUAUUCUUAAUUUAGGUGAGAUAAGCAGUAUUACUACAUGUUCAGAGCCAGGAAAUCCCAGAAUUUCUUUGGUAGUUCCAAACCAAAGUAAAGAUGUGAUUAAGAUACAAUAUAUGACAGAAAUGGAACAGGAGGAGUGGGUUAAUGUGUUAGUUGAUAUUACAUCUCAAAUACAUGGAUUGUCAGGAAGGCCUUCCAAUAACUCUGUAUGGGCUGUAACAAAUUCAGGAGAUAUACUGAACUGGGAUCCUUUACCAGCUAGAUUAAAUUGUGAAGAAAAUGGUAGAUAUACAAAAGAAUUUCAAGUGUUUGGAAAGAAUAUGACAUCUGGAUUUUCAACAGCACUGCACAAUAAUUUCACUCCUGGUUGCAUAUUGAAAAUGUCUGGAUGUUUAUUUGAUGACAUAACAAGAUUUCACAUUAACCUCCAGGGUCCAGAGGUAAAGAAACAAAGGCAUAAAAUAGAGACUGAAGUGACCGAAGUACCUUUUCAUUUCAAUGUCAGAUUUGAUGAAAACACAGUUGUGUGUAAUACAAAGGUUUCUGGUAAUUGGGGAGCAGAAGAACGUCACAAGCUACCCUUGGCUAAGGGACAAGAGUUUUCUUUGAAAAUUGUUUCGGAAAUUAAAGGAUUCACUGUUGUAAUCAAUGAUGAGAAGUAUUGCUCUUAUAAGCAUAGAAUGUCACCAGAAACAAUAACAUCUGUAUUAGUUCAGGGGCAGUUAAGACUUUAUACAAUGGAAUAUUCAUCAACAAGUGUGAUAAUUGGUCCUGAUGAAAUGUUCUGGCGUAUGAUGGGAGGCUAUUUACGCAAAGUUGAGUGCAGUCAGAAUGGUUUUGUAUGGGGAAUUUCUCAUGAUCACAGAGCAUGGGUUUACACUGGAGGUUGGGGCGGUGGUAAUUUGAAAGGAAUAGGAGGAAAUGAAGCUAUUCAUGCAAUGACUGAUACACAAACUUAUUGUGUGUAUGAAAAUCAAAGAUGGAAUCCAUUGUCAGGAUAUACAUCCACUGGGCUUCCCACUGACCGAUAUAUGUGGAGUGACAUCACUGGCAAACUAAAAAGAACGAGGGAACAUACCAAGCUACUAAAUCGACAUUGGCAUUGGGUAUCUGAAUGGAUGGUGGAUUAUAAUACCCCUGGUGGGGUUGACAAUGAAGGAUGGCAAUACGCCACGGAUUUUCCGGCUCCUUACCACGGAAAAAAGAUUUUUACCGAUUGCGUUCGACGGCGCCGAUGGUAUAGAAAAGCUCAAAUUAAUACCGAAGGUCCCUGGGUUCGCGCUGGAAAUACUGGACUACUUGAUAUUUCUAUUUGGACAAAUGGUAAUCAGGCUUCAGUAUGGGCAGUGACUGUUGGAGGUGACGCCAUCUACAGAACUGGAGUCACGCCCACAACUCCUGCUGGUGCUCAUUGGGAACAUGUGAAUAGCCCCCAAGCUUUACUGGCAAUAAGCACAUGCAAUAAUAUAAUUUGGACUGUUGGAAGGAAAGGAGAACUAUAUUAUAGACAAGGUGUAUCUGAAGAGAACCCUGGCGGUUCCGAUUGGAAACUAAUAGAGGCACCAAAGUGUGGUUUCACUUACGGCCACAAGGGGUCAGUCGGUGCUAAAGCAAUUUCUGUCACCAAAACCUCGGCUUGGGUUAUACUCACCAAUGGUGCGAUUGCUGUUAGAACUGGCAUAAGUAAAGAACAACUAGAUGGUAAACAGUGGAAAUUUAUAUCGGACAGCGAGCAAACAUACAAAGAUAUAUCGAGUAUCGAGGGUGAGGUGUGGGCGGUGCGCGCUGACGGGACGCUGCAGCGGCGGCUCGGCGUCACCGCAGAGCCCCCCGCCGGUACCACCUGGCAGACAGUGCUGCAUGCACACUUCAUGCAUGUAUCCGCCAGAGGAGGCUGCUUUGCAUAGUAUAGCCCUACUAACUUAUCUGACCCGGCUGCUAUAAGUAAAACUAUAUUACAAUAGCUCAAUGGACUGUUGUCUUUCUUUUAUUUUUAAAUCUGUUAUUUUGUCAGCUUUUUUUACUGCUAACAGUGAUACACCUUUCCCGGGCCAGAUAAGUUGGUCACAGUAUACUAGCAAAUUUAAUCAUGACAGUUAAAGUACUGCCUAUAGUUUAGAAUUUUUGGCUAUGUGAUAUAGGGCAUGUAUGAGUAAAAUGGGGCAUAAUAUUUUUGUCAAAUUUAAUUUUUAAUUUAUUGUAUUGAAAACCAAAAAUUUUUAUGUUUUUGAUUUAUUAUUUAAUCGGUUCUAAAAGAUAGAAGUUAUCGAAUCGUAAAGAUCAUUUAACCAGUGUUUAAAAAAAAAAGUGUACUAUGUUCUAAAAUAGCAGAAAAAAUUACAUACUUUUCAAAAUUUAACUCAUUCAAAAUUAAAUUUACUAUUUCGCUUAUAGUCGCUAACUAUUUUAUAUGGUAGCUAAAUGGCAGUGUUUUAGAUUUAAAUUGAGACCUGGAUUUAUUUAUUACUUGAAAGCUCUUAAACAUGUAUUAGAUUCUGUUUCAAGCUCUAACUAAAACUCUAAAUUCUCUAACCAUCUUAUAAUUCAUAUUUUCCAAGUAUUUUUUAUGUUUCAGGGUUCAAAAAAACAUUCCCAUAUAAAAGAUCUCUUGUAGAUUUAAAAUUAAAUGAAUUUAUUUUAGGUUGCUCAAAAAACACUUAUACACUUUUUUGUAGGUAUUUUAUUUAUUGAAUAGGAUUAAAUUUAGCUUUUUUAUUUAUAUCAUUUGUAUAAUGUACAUAAACGGCUAGUCAGUCUAAAUUAUAGAUAAUUUUUUAUUCUUAUUAUUAUACAAAAUAAGAUUAUAAGCAAAAGUAUUAAAAGAUUGUACCAAAAAUUUAAGCUUAA